UCUCUCUCUCUUUCUCUUUCUCUCCCUCUCUCUCCCUCUCUCUCCCUCCACCCCCCUCCUGCUGGACUCUGAGUACAAAGCUGCCCUUUGAAUGGGUUGCCUCAGGGCUGUUGGAGGUGCAAGCAUGAAAAAAAAAAAUCCAACUGAGGCUGCAGGAAGAGGGGCGGCCGUUUAAGAUGGCUGUCAGCAUCGAGGUGUGUUAAAGAGUCGCUUGGGGAGAAAGCUUGGCUUUUUUGGAGUGUGUGUGGGGGAGACUUUGGGGGGGGGGAACUUUUCUCCUCCUCCCUUCUCUCCCCACCCAGAGGCAACUGCUUUCUUCAGUUACACGGACUGAGGGGGUACCCCCCCCCCAUUCAGCUCUAUAUGGAGAGCCUGGAGGAAAACCCCCUUUAGCCAGUAUGCGAGCGGGAAGGUCAAAGGCAAAGAGAAAGUUAAUAAUGCCUGCUAAUGGUGCUAACAAUUCAGGAUGAAUCUUGUCAAAAGUUUUUUCUGGAAGUGUGGGUCUUUGAUUGUGUUUCCCGAAAGCAAGACCAAUCAUUUCCGUUUAUUCACUGGCUAAACCCCUACUUGAUUGGGGACAAGGACAGAAACCAUCCAUUACGAUCUGAUAUAUUAUCCAAACAAUUUAGUGUAUUCAUGAGGUAACUGAAACGUGGGGGCUGCGAAAUUACCCGUAAUCAAUUGCAACAGCGAGUGUGCGUCCCCCGGGUGUCGGACAACCACAACUCGGCCGUCUCAGUAACAGGCGGAGCCGCAGCGUUUUGGAGUUGCGCUGUUCGCUACCUGAUCGCCAGGCUGGGGACACUGGACGUGCUCAGAGAACGCGAGCGCUGACGAGGCGGCCUCGCCACUGCUCCACCGGGAUCCUGGACCAGACCUGCCGCCUCUCUACUAGCGCGCCACUCUCCUGUCGCCGCUGACCUCCGCGGCCGCCGAAGCCACCCCGCGGGGACAUUCAUUCUCGCGGGCGACGGAGCUUAGGGGCUGCGUUGUAGGGGUUUUGUCCCCCUCUGCCUCUUUUUUUUUUUCCUACCCCCUCUCCCUUUUCUUCUUUUCUGUGUUGUUUUGCCUAUGUUCCAGAAAACAGACAAAAUGGACGUCCGGUGCCACUCGGACACCGAGGCCGCCAGGGUCUCGAAGAACGC